AUGUCGAGCUUUGGCACUUACUUCCGCGUGACCACCGCGGGCGAAUCCCACGGUAAAUGCGUCAGUUGCAUUAUUGAGAACUGCCCGCCAGGCCUUGCCCUCACGGAAGAGGACAUCCAGCCGCAGCUCACACGUCGACGUCCGGGCCAGUCGGCCAUUACCACCCCCCGCGACGAGAAGGACCGCGUGACGAUAGGAUCUGGAACCGAGUUUGGGCGAACUCUCGGAACGCCCCUCCUCCUGACUAUACCCAACGAGGAUCAACGCCCCGGCGACUACAAAUCUCAUGAAAAUUCUUACCCCCGCCCCUCCCACGCCGACUGGACCUAUCUCGAAAAGUACGGAAUCAAAGCCUCCUCCGGGGGUGGCCGGAGCAGCGCCCGCGAGACUAUUGCCCGCGUCGCUGCUGGCGCUGUCGCUGAGAAGUGGCUGUGUGAGGCUUACGGUAUUGAGAUUAUCGCCUUUGUGUCCUCGGUCGGUAAGAUUAAGCUAUUCGACGAUAUGGACGCCCUCAGCAGUAAUCUUAAGUUCCUUACGCUUGUUAAUACCCUUACCCGUGAUGAGGUUGACGAAUUUCUACCGGUGCGGUGCCCUGACACUGAAAUUGCGAAGCGUAUGGAGGACCUAAUUGCCGAGCUCCGCGACCAGCACGAUUCUGUCGGCGGCACUGUCACCUGUAUUAUCCGCGGGUGCCCAUCCGGCCUUGGUGAGCCUGCCUUUGAUAAGCUUGAGGCUCUCCUUGCCCACGCUAUGAUGUCGAUUCCUGCGACUAAGGGCUUUGAGAUUGGCUCUGGCUUCCGUGGAUCUGAAAUGCGCGGGUCAGAGCAUAACGACCCCUUCGUGUCUAACCCCCUUGCCAGCGAGGCCACGACACCCGGUGCCGCUGUUGGCAUCCCGCCCUCGCGCCUCGGCACCAAGACGAACCACUCGGGCGGUAUCCAGGGCGGCAUCUCCAACGGGGCCAGCAUCUUUUUCAGGGUAGGAUUUAAGCCUCCGGCAACUAUCGCCCAGGACCAAUUGACCUCGCGCUACGAUGCAUCCGGCGAGGGCGUCCUCGCCACCAGGGGCCGUCACGACCCUAAUGUUGUCCCUCGCGCGGUACCUAUCGUCGAGGCUAUGGCUGCUCUGACAAUUAUGGACGCCCUCAUGGCUCAGCAUGCGAGACAGAUGGGCAUGAAGAUUGCCGCAGCCAGAAAGUAG